GUGGAAAAUAUUUUCUGGGUAGCAAAGUAAUGACAUUCGACAAUGAUGGUAGUGAAAUAAUUCUAAGUAAUCCUAAAAGAGAUGAACAAACUGGAGAAUUAGGUGUACGCAAGUUUUCAGUUACACAAGGACUUUGCGAGCUGAUUUUCAUGAAAAAUCCCUACAUAUUUCUAGUAACUGAAAAAGAUAAACGCAUUUACAGACGAAUUCUUAAUUGGACUAAUGUUUAUAGAAAAGGUUAUCGUACCGAUGGCAAAAUUGCUAAUUACAAUCAAAUCAAGUAUAAGUCAAUAAUUAAAAAAAUACUACAACUCGCCGAUGAAGCUACUCCAAAGAAACCAUCAACAACAGCUGAUGAUGAUGACCUUCUAAAAAAAUCAUUAUCACCAGCAGCGGUGGCGGCUCGUACACCAUUGAUGCAGCAGCAGCAAAAGAAAGUACAAGGUCGAGGAUUGAAAACUCUGUACAAUAUUGUUCCAGACAACAGUGACAAUAAUACAUUCAUCGACUACAUUUACUGGAAUAACCCUAAUGAGUUGGUUGAUAGGCUCCACCUGCUUGAUGAAUCACACGCAGUUGGCAAUACUGGUCAUCAAAACGAAAUCAAUAAUCUACACGUGCCUAUUGUCUCAUGAUCUACGAUGUAAUUAAAGAAUACCGCCCCUUAACUGGAACGGUUCAUUCGGUCUGAUAAAGUAGUAGUAGUAAGAUUAAAAAACUUUUGAGAUUAUUUAAAAAAUAUAAUGUGAUUUGUAAACACAAACAAUGUAAUUGAAAAAAAAUUGUGUUGUUAAUAAAAAAAGGGGGCUAUAAAGCCGAAAAAUCUAAUUGUCUUUUUUUUAUUUUGUCUAACCAGCUAUUUAGUGUAUGAAAAGUAGAAGGAGGUAAAGUGUGUUCAAUUACAUUAUGAUGAUGAAUCCUAUUAACCAGGCCGCCCAUUAGAGAAAUUAGAAUAGUGGGGUUCUUCUCCAUUUCUAAGAUUUAUAAGAUGCCAAUCAGUGAAGCCUUCAGGCGUUAGAGGAUAGGGCACAUCCUCUUGGCGCUGUGGUUGUAUUGAGGGUAAUACGAGCCUGUUGCGUGUAUAAUCUUCAUCUUCUUCUUCAUAAUGGAAGAUCGGCUGUCUAUAGGUGGAGAAUGAGGUGUCAUUACUGUUAGGGCGGGAGGUGCUGCCGCGACGUCUAGGGUGGAAGGAGGAGGCGGAGGGUGGGGUCAUGCCGCGACGUCUAGGGUGGAAGAUGGAGUAGGAGGAGGAGGAGGAGGAGGAGGCGGAGGGUGAGGUCAUGCCGCGACCUCUAGGGGGGUAAUAUCUGUUAGGGUGGGAAGUGGAGGUGUUAGAUGGUGAAUCGAUUGAAAAGAAGGGGGUGCCAGUUAGGUUUAGUGGAACCACCUUUUGAACGGUAUUAAAAUAACGAUUUUUUUCCCAGCAAGUGCCAUUUAAGUCAACUUGUACUCCAACAUCUUUUACCCUCUCUUCUUCUUCUUCUUCCACCACCAAAUCAUCUGCCUGUGCUCCGUUUUCUUCUUCUUCCACCACCACAAUUUCGUUUACUCUAUUCAUUUUUUUCUCCUGAAAAAACAAUGCAUGUGAAUCGUGAAGAACAACACACACACACACACA